AUGUCCACACUGGAAGAUGUGAAUUGGAUGAAUGUUGUUCAUCUAGUGUGUAAAGGAACUGGUCUAAGCGCGGAAUCUAAAACCGGUGCAAGGUGUGGAUGCAGACUCCUUAUCUAUAGUGGAAAAUAUGAAAAUACGAAUCAGAAGUUUCCGAUGUCAACUUUACUUAGCUACUUUUAUGAAGAGGUUCCUAAAUUCCCAAAGCCACCGAUAAUCGGACCUCCAUAUGACCUUCCAGAGUCUGACCAGGAUUCUCGUCAAAUCCAACCACCUGCACAAAUACCUAUAGAAUCCGAUGUUUUAGAAAAUGCAAAAAAGCUUCCUACUCAAACACUUCCUAUUUCUAAAAAUCUUUCGCCAAUUGCAGCUUUCAAAUAUGGAACACUUAUUUCCAAGGAAGAAAUUCAAGGUGGCGUUCCUGCAAAUAAGACAGUAGCCUCUAUGCGAGAUAAGGUUCGAGAGAUGAUGAAGUUUGCUUGGAAUGGUUAUGUUACCUAUGCAUGGGGAAGUAAUGAAUUGAGACCGUUUUCAAAAACUGGCCACUUACCCUUUGUACUUGGAAAUGAACCACUCGGGGCUUCCUUAGUCGAUAGUUUGGAUACUUUGUACAUAAUGAAUUUGAACAAAGAAUUCAACACAGCUGUAGAAUGGAUAGAAAUGAAUCUGGAUUUUAACAAAAACACUCAGGUGUCCGUGUUUGAAUUUAAUAUUAGGUAUAUUGGUGGCCUGCUGUCUGCUUACACGUUCAGUAGAAAACCUAUUUUACUGACUAAAGCGGUUGAACUUGCUCAACGUUUAUUACCUGCAUUUGAUACACCUAGUGGAAUUCCAAUGAGUUUAAUCAAUUUGAAAACGGGAGAUAAGCGGAAUUUCGUCUGGGCAAAUGGUCGAUGUUCAAUUCUAUCAGAGUUUGGUACAUUACAUAUGGAAUUUAAAUACCUUUCUGAGCUAACUGGCAAUCCGGUCUAUUCAGAAAAGGUUGAUUCUAUUCGUAAGGUUUUGGAAGAAGUGAACAAGCCUAAUGGGUUAUUUCUUAAUUUUAUGGAUCCGAAUACAAAAUCAUGGUGUGGUAAUGAAGCUGGUCUCUCUGCAUUAGGUGAUUCAUUUUAUGAAUAUUUGCUAAAAGAAUGGAUUCGUACUGAUCAUAAAGAUGUGAAAGCUCUUGAACUAUACAAAUCUAGUUUAGAAUCAUUCCUAAAAGUUGGUUUAUUUCAUAAAAGUCCUCAACAUAAUUUACUUUAUGUUGGCAACUACAAGUAUGGCACUAUUUCCAAUUCAAUGGAUCAUCUGGCUUGUUUUGUUGGCGGUAUGCUCUCUCUCGGUGCAUCAGAUAAAAAUGAUCCAUGGUUUCAACGUGGUAUUGAAAUUACUGAUACUUGUAGAAGAAGUUACGAUAGUGCAUCAACAGGUCUUGGUCCAGAAAUAUUUUCAUUUACUGAUCAGUCUUCUGCCAUUGCGAUUACUCAAUCUCAUAAAGUGUAUCUUCUGCGACCAGAAACAGUGGAAUCAUAUUUCUAUUUAUGGCGACUAACUAAAGAUCCAAAGUAUCGUGUUUGGGCAUGGGAUGUAGUUCAGGCUAUUGAAAAGUAUGCUCGUACAAAUGCUGGCUAUUCUGGUUUACAUGACGUUUACUCUACUAACUCUACUUUAGAUGAUGUUCAGCAGUCAUAUUUCUUAGCAGAAACACUGAAAUACCUUUAUUUAAUAUUUUCAGAAGAUACAUUAUUACCGCUUGAUAGAUGGGUGUUCAAUUCUGAAGCGCAUCCAUUACCUAUUCAAAAUAAAGUCAAACUAACACCUGGCUAA